CUGGGUUGUGCUAUGUGCUGCUGUUUGUGACUGUUCCUGCAACUGCAGCAAAAAGUAAACAAAGGGGGGAUGAAGUGUUUGUUCGUUUAUGUGAGCAUAGUAACUAAAUAAUGACAUAAAAGUAUUCCAUGUUACUCAAUAUGUUUUUCUGUGAGUGUUGGCGCUCCAGUUGACGUGUUCAAUACCCAAUGUUAAUUUCGAAGCAUUGUUCUUGGAACGAAAGGCUAUUGAUUUGAAAGAAAUUAGGCGGGUAACGCUACACUUCUCUGUGUAAUGGUUUUGAAAGCUAACAAUGGGAAUCUUUUCCUUCAUGACUCUAUGCUGGCAUCAAAAUGGUUUUAGCGACGUGCAAGUGAAAAGGGACGACCAGUUUGUGGGACAAGACUGUGGGUACUUGUGAGGACAAAAUACAAACAACGAAUGCAUGGAUCGAAGCUUGCAAAGAACUGAACGAAGGCUUUGAACGGAUGUUUGACAAAGACAGAGGCGACUACGGUGACUGAGCAACACGAUCUAUCGGCCUACUGACGUACUGAGCAAAACGUGAAGCUGGUGGUUUCCUGUUCCGUCACAGCUGGGGUUGCCGUUAAUUAAAGGGGCAUCCGAGUCGACUCUGGGGCACGAUGGAAGCGGGUCUGCCAUCUGCAGCGCAGGAGCAGAACUGUGUAAGAAUGAAGACUGGGCUACCCGAAAAUGCGCGACAAAAGCAAUCAGGAAUAUCACUGACUGGACACAAUUUCCAGCCAUGCCCAAUGGAACACGAUUUUACAGUGGGUGGGGAGUUGGAUUCUGUGACAAUAAAGAUGGAGGAGAGUGACAAUUCGGAACAGGAGGAGAGUGAGAAUUCUGAACACACCAGUGUGUCUGGAAAACUACAGGAGCCGAACUGUCUAAGAGUGAGGAGUGAGCAACCCGAUGUUGUUGGUGACGAUGUGCGACAAAAGAUCUCCCUUCCUCGGAAACAAUUUGAAGACGUUCCGGAAAUCGAACCGGCUUCCUCCCGCACCGAGGGUAGCCACAUUGACCGCCCAUCUGUGGAGCCGGAUUUUGUGUUUGUUGGAGUGAAGCAGGAGCCAUUGGAAGACCGAGAAGCUGACGAAUUCUUGCCACAGGAACCCGAGUGUAUUAUCGUGCAGGGAGAAGAUCUGUGUCAUGACGCCUUGCAAACUGGAGCACUACGACCCAGACAGGAACCUGAGUGUAUUAUCGUGCAGAAAGAAGUCGAUGACGUGCUACCCAGACUUCUGGAAACCACACAGGUACACGGGAAUGGGGCGCGGCAGAAGCCGGCGCGUAACCCGGGAGGAGCAGCUGAAGAGGAGGAGAUGAUUCUCGGCCUGGAGCCGGAGAUGGAGUGGGUACACGAGAAUGGGGCGCGGCAGAAGCCGGCGCGUAACCCGGGAGGAGCAGCUGAAGAGGAGGAGAUGAUUCUCGGCCUGGAGCCGGAGAUGGAGUGGGUUCUUCCAGUCGGACCUGCCAGUGAUGAGCCCUCGAGCGACCCCCUGGCUUCUGAAAGAGAAGUGAUACCCGAUUCCAUGAAUGAGGGAUUUUAUCCAACGGGGUGGAGCCACACGUUGGACGAGAACCGGUGGGCCGCUUCGGGAGAAGCGGAUUACGACCGUCCGGCUUUCGUUACCGCGAACGGCGGAGGUCCGUCGUACAGUAGUUUCGUGUCGAGGACCUGCAGGAGCGACGGGAAGGAAACGGUGCAGCAGGCGUUCAGGUGCGACUCGUGCUCCGCCAUCUUCUCGACCAAGUACCACCUGGUCAAUCACGUGUUCCUCCACAUCCGGGAGGUGCCUCCGCCGUCGCACGUGUGCAGGCGGUGCGGAGAAGUGUUCUGCGACACCGCAUCCCUCAUCGACCAUUCGAAGGGUCACGAGAAUAACCUGCGGGUGCCCGCGGUCUCCUCGAAGUGGAACAGGGGAGACUCCGGCAGACCUUCCAAACACCAGAAGAAGCGCAGGAUUCGGAAACGCCCCGACACCAAGCCCCACGUCUGCGACCUGUGCGGUAAAGCUUUCCCCCUCGUCGGGAGCCUGAAGUCGCACCAGCGCACGCACUCCGGCGAGAGGCCUUACGGGUGUGACCUCUGCGGGAAGACGUUCGUGCAGGCGGUCCACCUGCGGAACCACAGAGUGACGCACACGGCCGAGAAGCGCCACUACUGCGAGUUCUGCGGGCGGCCGUUCGCUCUCCUCCACACUCUCAAGGUGCACCUCCGGAUGCACACGGGGGAGAACCCGUACCGCUGCGAGAUUUGCGGCGAGUGUUUCAACUUGCUCGGGAAACUCAAGACGCACAAGCAGAUCCACACCGGGAAGAAGCCGUACAAGUGCGACGACUGCGGUAACUGCUUCUCCGCCCCGAACAGCCUGAGGCGGCACAGGCGGAUGCACUCCGGCGAGAGGCCGUACAGCUGCGACGUGUGCGGCGAGUCGUUCAUGUGGUCGGCCACCCUGCAGAGGCACAAGCAGCUGCACACGGGGGAGAAGCCGUUCAAGUGCGACUUGUGCAGCAGCUCGUUCGCCGAGCUCGGCGGCCUCAACAGGCACAUGCGCAUCCACACGGGGGAGCGGCCGUACGCCUGCGGCGUCUGCGGCGCGUCCUUCUCGGCGACGAACCAACUGAAGCGCCACCUACACAGGCAGCACGUCGAAAACCCGCCUUGAAAGUCCGAACCGGGUCGGAGCUCGGCACCCUCGGCAAUCUCUAGUUUCGCGCGUGACGUCUCGCGUCCCGAUGCCGGACACUCCUUCGCGGGCUACGGAGACUCGGUAGCUUCUAGCUGAGCGAGCCGACCCGUUCGGACCUGUCGACGUAACAGUUGUGAGCUCGUCGAACCACUUCGUAAGAUAGUGCAGUCGUGCAGGUGUGUGUUCCGGAGCCUCUGUUGUGUAAGAGUUAGUGCUUGUCGCUUUAUUUAACACUCGCGUCUGCAACUUGUCUAAUUCCGAUCCUUGUUCUUUGCUGUUAACAUUUGUUUUGUACUUUUGAAUUUCUGUGGCCUCUUGUCCGUCCUGACACAGUAAUGCUCGGAUCCUGAUAAAACUGUGCGACUGGAGAAAUGAAUUUGGUUCUGUCCUAGGCCCAGUGCACCUUCAGCUAUUGUUCAUUUGUCCGUGUUGCCCAAACAACAGUUGCUGUUAUGUUCUUUAAGUAUGAUGUUAAAUUCUUCUGUUAGGAGUCCUUUUGCACACCUGAUUGCCUGUGCCAGAGGUUUUAUAUACUCCUGCCACGAAGAGUGGUGGGCUUAUUCAGAUAUCGACUCACUUGUCAGUUUAUUAUUUCCUGUGAUCUGGGUUGCUUUUACGAAUGGGUAGAAAACUUUUCCUCAGUUUGUUCUUUCCUGUCAAAAGCUUCAGAUCAUUUAGGAUGACAUCUGCUACUUAUCGCUCUCUCGUGGACACGUGCUCCGAUAUUUCGUAACUGCGAAGGUCGUGUGCUCGCCGCUUGCCACAGUAGGAUUGUAUAAAAUCUCGUGCACUUUGCAACAUUCUCCCUUUCAGUUAAUAAAAUGUUUUUGCUGCAAAUUGUUGCUCUCGAGUCCUCACAUGUGACAGCACAGUUUAUAAAUUGAACUGGUGAGUUGGAAAAGGGCUCAUGUCCCAAAAAGGAAAUUUUUCAGGAGACACAAAAAACCGUUUUACUGCACAGUGGGUUUAAAUAUGGUGUUGUCGAGUUUUUGUGUAGCAGGUGGUCCCAGGGUGAAACAGUAUACAUAAUUACAAUACACUUUAGCCACCAAUGUGGUCAGUAAUCCAGUUUGAAUGUACUCAAGAUGACCUUUUUUCGAAUCUGAUGAUGCUGGUUAGGCAAGUAGCAAUUUUGCAGCAGGAAGGUUGUGUUAUAGGUUAUAUUAUUCAUCUUCAUUGUAGCAAUAAAAGAAUGUACUGUGAGCAUAAAGGUUAAUUCAUAAUGUACCCAGUAUACAACCGCAAACAAAAUACAGCAGGACAGACAAUAGUGGGUAUGCUUCAUCUUUAUCCUGUCCAUCCUUUACUGGUCACAGGCAGAUACUGUUAUAAAAUGGUUUCUGCUCAUCAGGUAUGUAUCAUAUAAUUUUCAUUACAUCAUCUAAUUUCUUCUUUUUUAUUAGAACAAGUCUACCAUAUGCUUGUUUAUAUGGACAUGGCCGCUUCUGUAACUCAGUACCCAUCUAACGAACACUUAUAUUCGUGGGAGGGAUAUGACCCCUUGUUAUAUACCAAACAAUGUGUACAGACAUAAAAAUGAUUUUGGUGGUGUUAAGCCAGAGUAAACCAACUACAAAUUUUUCUAUUUGGCAUAAUCAGCUUUUAACUUCCAGACACUAUUGUAAAUCAGAUAGUUUAUACUGUGACUCAAAUUGGGGUAAAUUACAUUUAUUAAAUGUGUUUAUCAAUGUUUAUUGCAUUUUAAACUUUAAGCACACUUAAUGAUGUACAGACAUUAUUAUAAUCACAAUUAUCAACAUAAAAUUUGGAGUAGAAGUUAAGAGUUACUUCAUUACUUAUUUAAAUAGGUUUAUACCAGCACGUUCUAUAUUUAAAUAGUUAUAAAUUCAUCAGCAGAUGUUACUUUGUAAAGUACCAAACCAACACCAUACAGUUGAAGCUAAUUAUUAUGUCGUAGAUCAGUUCUGCACUUGUUCCUUAAAUGCGUCUAUGUACAGGACACUUUAUCCAGACAUUCACUGUUAUCAAAAUCUCCACUCUCUUCACUGCUACUUGGCAAAUUCUUAUAAAAGCCAUGACAUAUUGGAGAAAUGAGACAGAGUAUAUAUUUAAAAUCUUGUAACUGUGGAGCAGUUAGUGGUUUCCCUUCAGGGUGUUUAACUUUCAGAAUGAUAUUGUGAGGUUCAGCUGUUCAGCCUCGGAUCCUUUUGGUAAACGUAACCUCACGACACUCCCAUUUUUUCAUUGUGAGUGUAUCUGAAUUCCAGUACAUUCACAUUUUGAUGGCAGAUAACAAUACAUCCAAUACUCAUCCAUGAUGAAGGGUGGCCAUCAACUUUGUUUCUAAGGGUUAAUGCUGAUGUAAUGUUUUCUGAACAAUAAAAGUCUUUUGUUUCUA